UGAAACCCAACUAACUCGGGUUCGUUGUUUUUCUUCUUCGAUACCUUACUUCGUAUUUGGGAAGCUCUGUUGCUUUAGCCACCACUCUCCUCCGAUCAAUCUCCGGCGACCCUUCCGAUCAUUCUCCGGUUCGAUUUUCUAUCAGCCUCAAAGCAUUUUAUGACUGAGAAAUUGGGAACGAUGAGUGAGGUAUUUGAAGGGUACGAGCGUCAAUACUGUGAACUAUCUGCGAAUCUUUCGAGGCAAUGCACUGCAGCCUCUUCUCUUGAUGGAGGCUUAAGGCUUUAAGAUUAUUUAUCAAGGAUGCAAUUUUUUUUAUCAACCCCCCUCCCCAACAAAUGACACACACACACAAAAAUAAAAGCAAGGAGAAGAACUUUAUCCUUUUCUCUCUAAUUAAUGUUUGCCAGUUCCCAUUUUGUGCUGCAGAGCAAAAGAAGCAGAAACUUUCUGAUAUAAAGGCUGACUUAGAUGACGCUGAUGCAUUGAUUCGGAAAAUGGACCUAGAGGCUAGGAGUUUGCAGCCAAGUUCGAAGGCAUCUCUUCUUGCCAAGUUAAGGGAAUAUAAGACUGAUUUGAACAAUUUGAAAAAUGAAGUUAAAAGAGUAACAUCAGCUAAUGUCAAUGUCACUGCUCGAGAUGAGUUGUUGGAGUCGGGAAGGGCUGAUACAUUUGCGGUAUCAAAUGAUCAAAGAGGAAGACUUUUGAUGUCUACUGAAAGAUUAAAUCAGUCCACUGACAGAAUAAAGGAGAGCAGAAAAACAAUGUUGGAGACGGAGGAUCUUGGUGUCUCUAUCCUCCAAGAUUUGCAUCAACAGCGCCAAUCUCUACUCCAUGCCCAUAAGACGCUCCAUGGAGUGGAUGAUAACAUUAGCAAGAGCAAGAAAAUUCUGGCAGCCAUGUCAAGAAGGAUGAGCAGGAACAAAUGUAUUGUUGGCUCCUUAAUAACAGCUCUGGUCCUUGCAAUUAUAAUCAUUCUAUUUUUUAAACUGACUCAUUAGCCUGCCAUCUUUGCUUAUU